AAUUUCAUUCCGCACAAUCCCCCACUUCACUCAUCAAACGAAAACCCUAAACCCUAAAAGUAAAACCCACCACCUCCAUUCUCUGUUUCUUCUUCCUUGUUCAACAGAGGCGAAGAGAGAGAGAGUGAAAAGGAGGAGAGAUAAAGUAGUAAUGAAGACAUAUUUGCUAUUCGAAUCCUCAUCCGGGUAUGGGUUGUUUCAUGCUGAAGGUUUAGAUGAAAUUGGGCAGAACACCGAAGCUGUUCGUAACUCUGUUUCUGACCUUAAUCGUUUUGGUAAAGUUGUCAAGCUUACUGCUUUUCAGCCUUUUGAGUCUGCUCUUGAUGCUCUUAAUCAAUGCAAUGCUGUUUCUGAAGGUAUUAUGAAUGAUGAACUGAGAAAUUUCUUAGAGCUAAGUUUUCAAAAUUCAAAGGCCAAAGAAUUUAUUGUUGGAGUAGCAGACUCUAAACUUGGUGCUAGUAUUUCUGAAGGGACUAACAUUUCUUGCAGAAGUAAUGAAUUUAUGUUGGAGCUUCUCCGUGGUGUUCGAUUACACUUCGAGCAUUACAUCAAGAAUCUUAAGCCUGGGGAUCUAGUGAAAUCUCAAUUGGGUUUAGGACACAGCUACAGCAGAGCAAAGGUCAAGUUCAAUGUUAAUCGUGUCGACAACAUGGUUAUACAAGCGAUCUUUCUGCUUGACACCCUUGACAAAGAUGUUAACUCAUUUUCAAUGAGAGUAAGGGAGUGGUAUUCAUGGCAUUUCCCUGAGCUAGUUAAGAUAGUCAAUGACAACUAUCUUUAUGCUAAAUUGGCCAAAUAUAUUGAGAACAAGUCUGAGUUGUCUGAGGAGAAGCUGUCUGACUUGACUGAAGUUGUUGGUGAUGAGGAUAAAGCAAAGGAGAUUAUUGAAGCUGCUAAAGCAUCUAUGGGCCAAGAAUUAUCUCCCGUUGACUUGAUUAAUGUCCAGCAAUUUGCUCAAAGAGUAAUGGAUCUUUCUGAGUAUAGGAGGAAGCUUUAUGAUUACUUGGUCACAAAAAUGAACGACAUAGCCCCAAACUUGACCUCUUUGAUUGGUGAGAUGGUUGGGGCAAGAUUGAUCUCCCAUGCUGGUAGUCUUACAAAUUUGGCAAAGUGCCCUUCUUCCACCCUGCAAAUUCUUGGUGCUGAGAAAGCUCUUUUCAGGGCCCUGAAAACACGAGGAAACACACCCAAGUAUGGUCUGAUAUUCCAUUCGUCUUUCAUUGGGCGGGCAUCUUCUCGGAACAAGGGAAGGAUGGCACGUUAUCUUGCAAAUAAGUGUUCCAUUGCCUCUCGUAUUGACUGUUUCUCAGAGAAGGGCUCUACUAUUUUUGGCGAAAAGCUACGUGAACAAGUAGAGGAAAGGCUUGACUUCUAUGACAAGGGAGUUGCACCUCGGAAAAAUAUUGAUGUCAUGAAAGCAGCAAUUGAAACCCAAAAGGAUGGUGAUGAUGAUAUGGACUUGGAUAAUCAGCCUGACUCUGCUGUAAAAAAGAGUAAGAAAAAGAAAUCCAAGGAUGACGAUGUUGCUGCCACAAAUGGUAGUGGAUUGGAAGAAACUAAGUCUGAGAAGAAAAAGAAGAAGGAAAAGCGGAGAUUAGAACAAGAACAAUCUGUAGCAGUUGAGAACGGUGAGAAGGAAGAUGGAACUAUCAAGAAGAAGAAGAAAAAGAGCAAAGAUGAUGGUGAGGAUGUAUCAGCUGUGAGUGAGAGCAAGAAGAAAAAGAAGUCAAAAGAAUGAACAGGAUAAAAGUUAUGUUUUGUUACCUGGGUUUGCCAGAUUUUGAUUCGGUUGCAGCGUCUAAUGGCUUAUAUCUAUGGUUAAUCCAUUUAGGGAUGUACUGAUGUACUUAUCCCUUGUUUAUUUUAAUUGUAAUGUAGGAACUGAUGGGUUGUUUAUUAUUAUUACAAGUUUUGAUAAUCGUAACGUGUUAUUGUAAAUCGCUUUUUUGGUGCUACGAGUUAUUGUUAAAUGUGAUGUUUGAUAUUAUGGCUUA